UAAGUCUGACAUGUAACGUUACAAUGUGAACAUUAAGGGCAGUGAUGUAAGCGUACAAUACACGCUGUUCUUUGGUUAACUGCAUGUAAUUACCUUAGUAAAUGUGGUAAAACUAUAUUUAAAAAAAACAAUUUACAAUAUUUGUAUGCAUAUUAAGCCAAGUAAUGUAUGCAUUACUCUCGUGUUUUUCCAAAACUGUGUGACUUUCUUUCUUCUCUGGAACAUAAAAUAUUUUUUUUUUUUGAGAAAUAUCUUAGUGAUUUUUUUUUCUGUCCAUACAAUACAAAUCGAUGGACACUAAAUUGGUUUGGUUACCACAUCUAUAAAAUAGCUAACCUCUUUUGUUUACCAUAAAAGAAAGGAAGUCAUGUAGGUUUGGCACCACCCAAAGGUGAGUCAAUGAUGACAAACAGCUAAUUUCUGGGUGAACUAUUCUCUUAAACAGCUCUGAUUGUGUGACUGUUUACGUCAGCCAUGUCAAAAUGUUUAGUUAAAUCAGGACAGUCUGCACUUUCAUUUAUAGUUGACAUCAAUUCUGAUGACAGAUGACAAAUAGGUCCUAUUUCAUUCUCGGGAGGUUCCUCCUCUGACAGGUUGAGGCUGAAGACAAAAUUUAGUCAGAGGAUGAUGAAGCUUUAAAGGGUGGGGCUAUUGUAAGAGGAGGAGUUGUUUGGUGUGUAUUGGAGAGAGUCAGCUAAGAGAUACAUUGUGGACACUUGCAUUGGGAUAUUAGAGAUCUUGAAGCAGAAGCAGUAAUGGUAAAGCAGUCUUUUAAUACUGUGUGCAUUUAGAUCUCUGUGACCGGACAGACACAGGGCUUUACACACACCAGACACUGACACUUUCCUCAUCUAUCUGAAGUGGAUGUGAUAUCAGAGAGAGACAUUACAAAGUGUGUAUCAUGGCUGUGGCCGGAUGUCCGGAUUAUUUUCUACACCAUCCAAAUUACCAGCAGGAUAAUGUAGACCGAGCUGCCGAUCACAGACAGGCAGAUUUGAUUGGACCAGGUUUUCAGCAGUCAACCAAUCGGAAUUCACCCAACCACCAAGAAGAUGACGUGGAUCUGGAAGCUCUGGUGAAUGACAUGAACUCAUCCUUUGAGAGUCUGUACAUUUCUUGCAGUGUGCAGACAGAAUCCACUCCACUGCUGCACAACGGCCAGGCGCACCGCUCUGCCACAUAUCAAACACAGGCUCAGCCCACCUCCCCACACCAGAGACUGCACCGGUCCCAGCCAAUGCACAUCCUCGCUGUCAGAAGACUUCAGGAAGAGGAGCAACAGUACCGAACGUCCUCUCUACCUGCCAUCCCCAAUCCCUUUCCUGAGCUCUGCAGCCCCGCGAGUUCCCCUACGCUCAGCUCUGGCUCCUUACCUCAGUGUCAGCCCUCAGGCAAAUAUAUCAUAAAAAUCUUCAGCGAGGAUGGGAUGGGAAAGGUGGUGGAGAUCCCAGCCGACAUGACGGCGCGAGACCUGUGCCAGUUUCUUGUCUAUAAAAACCAUUGUGUGGACGAUAACAGUUGGGCUCUUGUGGAGCAUCAUCCAGCCCUGGGACUCGAGAGAUGUUUAGAAGACCAUGAACUGGUUGUCCAAGUGCAGGCAUCAAUGACCAGUGAGAGUAAAUUUCUCUUCAGGAAGAACUAUGCCAAAUAUGAAUUCUUUAAAAAUCCUUUGAACUUCUUCCCAGAGCAAAUGGUUGCCUGGUGUCAGGAAACCAACGGGACCAUCCCCCCAUCUCAGCUCCUGCAGAACUUCUUAAACUCCAACAGUUGUCCUGAGAUCCAGGGAUAUUUGUAUGUGAAAGAAAUGGGCAGGAAAUCAUGGAAGAAACUGUAUGUGUUUUUAAGACGGUCAGGGUUGUACUUCUCAACAAAAGGAACGUCAAAGGAGCCCAGGCAUUUACAGCUACUAGCAGACCUGGAGGACAGCAAUGUCUUUACAGUAAUAACAGGGAGAAAGCUGCACAAUGCACCGACUGACUUUGAAUUCUGCAUAAAACCUAACAAAGUAAGGAAUGAAGUGAAAGAACUGAGGAUGUUGUGUGCAGAGGACGAGCAGAGCAGAACAUGCUGGAUGACGGCCUUCAGACUUUUCAAGUAUGGAAUUUUACUCUAUCAAAAUUACAAGAUCCCCCAGCAGCGAAAAACAUUGCUUUCACACUUCUCAGCACCCGUGAGGAGUGUCUCAGAGAACUCUCUGGUAGCCAUGGAUUUCUCAGGGAGGAUAGGCCGAGUGAUUGACAAUCCUGUGGAGGCUCAGAGUGCUGCCAUGGAGGAGGGACAUGCCUGGAGAAAGAGAAGUCAGCGUAUGAAUAUACUAGGAAGCCCCAGCCCAUUACACCCCUCAUCAUUAAGCGGAGUUAUCCACAGAACUCAGCUGUGGUUUCAUGGUCGUAUUUCACGGGAGGAAUCCCACAAGAUGAUCCAUCAGCAGGGCAGAGUGGAUGGAAUGUUUCUCUUGAGGGAUAGCCAGAGCAAUCCUAAGGCAUUUGUACUUACAAUGUGUCAUCACCAGAAAAUCAAACAUUUCCAGAUUUUACCGUGUGAAGAAGAUGGUCAAAUGUUCUUGAGCCUUGACGACGCCGCCACCAAAUUCACAGACCUGAUCCAGUUGGUGGAGUUUUACACGCUGAAUAGAGGAGUUCUGCCUUGCAAACUUAAACACCCCUGCACCACUGUGGCCUUAUGACCUCCAUUUGCCUGAUUCCGCCUAAAUACAAACACUCAGACUUCGUGUGCUGUGGUGUAAUGCUGUGCUGCUGGGCUGGAGAAAAGCACAAUGCAAGAGCAACUCUCUAUCAAGGAGAGAAAAUCAAAAGAACAAACACAAACAGGACCAGCAAGAAAUAAAGGAAAUAAAGCUUGUGUGUUAGCUGCUGACGAACCUCUCAGCCACCUGCACACUCGACCGUGGCCAGAGCAGGUUCUCAGGACAAUCAUCCAGAGGGAGUCUUCAGGUCUUAAUCAUGCAGAUAACGGUUUGGGAAGACCAGCAGAACACUCAUUUUGCACUCAUGAACCAGGAACAACCAAGCUAUGGCAAUUGUUGCUUUUAUAAAUCAAGCAGAUUUGAUUCUAGAAUGUCCUGUGAGAUGCAGACACCCGAUUGGUGGUUUCAGUACUGUGAAAAGACGUUGCCGUUAAAUUUGUGCUUUAUAUCGUUUUCACCGGUAAUCACUAGAAUAUUUAGACACAUGUUUUCUUUUUAUGUGCUCAUUGUGUUGAGCAAAGAACUCUCAUGCAUAGUGCAUUUGGCCUCUUUCAUCGAGUUAAAUGCUUGUGUAGUUUUUCCCAUUCACAAAACAUAACCUGCAGCACUCUCUACUGGCCAUAUCAGUAAUUAAUGUGUCCCUUCACUCCUACAAGAAAUAGUUGGAUCUCAAAAAUGAAAUUGGGUUAUUUACUCACCCUAUUGUUGUACGAAAACCAUGUGACUUUCUUCUUUUUUGUAGAACACAGAUUGUACAGUUGCAAAUUGGCAGACAACUGUAUUUCUUAGUUCAUAGUGACCAUGGCUUUCAGUUUUCAGGACAAACAACAACAACAAAACAUUAUAUAUGGAUCAUGCGCUAUAUUUUAAGCCAUAUGACAGUAUUGUAUUCGAGACCACAAGAAGGUUGAGCGCGAGUCCAAAUAUUUCCUUGGGCAUGACAACUUAAAAGAGUCCAGCCUUGAGUACUAAAACACUGCCACAUAUAGCUUUGUGUAAGGAACCAUCUGAAAUUUUGACGUCUAACUCGUAUCCGCUAAAAAAAAGAAAAGAUUUUGGAAAGACAUGAAGGUGAAAAAUAAUGGCCAAAGUUAGUUUUUGAGUGAACUUUUCCUUUAAACAUGAGAACAAAAACAUGGCCUGACAUCACCACCACAUCCUUUAGGAACGGUGCCUUGAUUUUAAAGAGGAGUCUGUUGAGUAAUAACCACUAAACCCUCUACUGGGAACUCCGCUGUGGGUCGCAGUCUAUCAAGAGUUAGAUCAACUAACUGGAAUCUUUAGAACUGCUGUUAUCUUCAGUCCCAGCUCCAGUCUAUUUUUGUUGUUGACUUUCUAGUUUUCUCUCCAUGUUUCAAAAGAUUGUUUCGAGGACAGCACACUGUGAAGCUCGGGCUAAGAACACCCACAAAAAGAUGGGGUUCAAAUUUAUAAUCUGCCUUGUCCAUGGUAGCAGUAGGUACAACGAUUUUGUAAAGAUUUUUUUUUUUUACGCAGUGUAAAGAAAGAGCCAUGUUUUUAGUUUGUUCCUAUAUUGUAUUAAACUAGAUAGAGAUGGCAUAGCCACCAUGCCUACAAGUUAACCCAAGAUAUCAGUGCAUA